CAACAGAAUGAAUUUGAAUUCCAGUCUGUCUAAUUUCACUGUUCUUACCAAAGGAUUUUCUAGCACAUGGCUGGAAUUUUUCAGAAGUACGUUUAUGACUACUUCUGAUGAUCUCCCUGAAAUCAUUCUAAUAUUGUCCUUGAUCUGCACAGUUGGAGCAUUUUUGAAUCUACACUUAAAAGACUUUCCAAUUCCUCUCCCUGUGAUAUUAUUUUUAAUUGGAUGCAGUUUUGAAAUAUUAAGUUUUACAUCUGAGCAGGUCCAAAUAUAUGCAGAUGCCAUACAAUGGAUGAGUCCAAAAGUAUUUUUUUAUCUAUUUACACCAAUAAUUAUCUUUAAUGUUGCAUUUGACAUGGAUGUUUACAUGCUGCAGAAAUUAUUUUGGCAGAUAUCUGAUAUUUUCAUCUCGGGCAAAAUUUGUGCCACUGUUGAUGUUAAAUUAAUACUUUAUAUUUAAUUCUUUUAAAAAAUAGGUGAGCUAGUUGGAAUGUCUGGAAUAUUUACCCUGGCCAUUAUGGGACUUUUUUUAAAUUCUACAAGUUUUAAACCAGGAGUUGAAGCACUUCUUCUCGAAUUCUGGAAUUGUCUAUCAUUUGUUGCUUUUCUUAUGGUGUUUACCUUCAUUGGACUUCUAAUUCCUGCACAUACAUAUUUAUAUAUAUCAUUUUCUGACAUAUAUUAUUCAUUAAAUAUCUAUUUCACACUUAUUGUUUUAAGACUUCUGGUCUUUCUAAUAAUGAGCCCUCUUUUGUCUCGACUUGGUCAUGGGUUCAGCUGGCGCUGGGCAUUCAUAAUGGUCUGGAGUGAAAUGAAAGGAACGCCUAAUAUAAACAUGGCUCUUCUGCUUGCCUACUCUGACCUUUCUCUUGGCUCUGAGAGGGAAAAAUCUCAAGUAUUAUUUCAUGGAGUGUCAGUAUGCUUAGUUACCUUGAUUGUCAAUAGAUUUAUUUUGCCAAUGGCAGUUAGUAAACUAGGUCUUCGUGAUGUCACAUCAACAAAAUAUAAAUCACUUUAUUGUACAUUUCAACACUUUCAAGAGCUAACCAAAUCUGCAGCCUCUGCACUCAAAUUUGACAAAGAUCUUGCUAAUGCGGAUUGGAAUAUGGUUGAGAAAGCAAUUAUACUUCAAAACCCUUAUGCGUUGAGCCAAGGAGACCCAACAGAACAUCAAAAGGUGAGAUGUCUAGACUGUAACAAGGAAAUAGAUGAGACCCUUAACAUCGAAGCAAUGGAGCUGGCCAACAGGCGUCUCUUGUCGGCACAAAUAGCAAGCUACCAGAGACAAUAUAGGAAUGAGACUCUGUCCCAGAGUGCAGUCCAGGUGCUGGUAGGUGCAGCGGGAAGCUUUGGAGAGAAGAAGGGAGAAUAUAUGAGUCCUGAGACAAUAAAGAAUUAUUCUGAAAGCAAAAAACUUCUUUCCUUUAUUAGAAAAGUAUUGCUCAAUUGGGUGUAUAACACUAAAAAAGAAAAAGGGAUCCCAUCAAGACAUUGCAUUCUUCGUGUAUGCCAUAAAAUUGUAUUUACUGAUGAAUUUGAGUACAUUGGGUAUCUUGUGAUACUAAUGAAUAUGUUUCCCAUUAUAAUUUCUUGGAUACCUGAGUUAAGUGAUAUCUAUGAGCAUGAAUUAAGAUAUUGCAACUACUCUUUUCUUGCAUUUUAUAUAAUGGAGUCCCUACUUAAGAUGGCUGCAAUGAGGAAGGAAUAUUUUUUACAUACCUGGAACCUAUUUGAGUUAGCAAUUACAUUAGUUGGCAUCAUAGAUAUAAUUCUUAUUGAGACAAAUUCCAUUACUUAUACUCUUGAUUUUAUUCUAACAGUAAUCUUUAUAAAAAUUGUUCGAUUUCUUCGCAUACUACGUAUUUUGAAGCUCAUAACCCCAAAGUUGCUGCAAAUAAUAGAUCAAAAGAUGAGUCACCAGCUGUCCUUUAAGUAUGCUAUACUAAAAGGAUAUGUCCAAGGUGAAGCAGACAUAAUGACUAUAAUUGAUCAGAUUUCAAGUUCUAAGCAAGUUAAACAGAUAUUAUUAAGGAGGAUUAUGAAGAAUACAGGACAUGCUAUGAAAGAGCUAGGCUACUUAGAGUAUGAUCACCCAGAAAUCGCUGUUACUAUGAAAACAAAGGAGGAGAUUAAUGUCAUGCUCAAUUUGGCUAGAGAAAUUGUUAAGGUUUUUAGGUCAAAAGGAAUUAUUCAUAAAAUUGAAGGUUCUGAAAUUAAUAAGUUAAUAAUGGCCAAAAAAAGAGAGAUACUUGAUUUUCAACCUGUUAUCAAGCCCCUUACUGUUGAAGAAGCACUCUACCAUAUUCCAUGGCUAGAUAAAGACAAAGACCAUAUAAACUUCAUUCAGGAAAGAGCCAAAGUUGUAACAUUUGAUUGUGGAAAUGAUAUAUUUGAAGAAGGUGAUGAGCCCAAAGGAAUUUAUAUAAUAAUAUCAGGUAUGAUAAAGCUUCAAAGAUCAAAACCUGGUUUCGGAAUUGACCAAAUGCUCUGGGAGUCAGAGGAAAAAGAUUAUCAGCUAAUGUACACAGACUUUGCGAUCAGUGGGGAAAUAAUAGGAGAGCUAAACUGUUUAACUAACGAACCCAUGAUGUGUUCUGCUACCUGCAAAACUGUAGUGGAGACAUGUUUUAUUCCUAAAAAUCACUUGUAUGAAGCUUUUAAACAAUGUUGUCCUCACAUUGAGUAUAAAAUGUGGCUAAAACUUGGACUUUCUAUUACUGCCAAAAAAAUGAGGGAACAUUUAUCUUAUGAGGAUUGGAACUACAAGAUGCAGUUAAAACUCUGUAAUGUUUGUGUAAAAGAUAUACCAAAGAACACCAAAACUGAUAUCUAUGAUGAAACUGUGAUCUAUGUCAUCCUCAUCCAUGGAGCUAUAGAAGAUUGUCAGUUACGAAAAGUUUAUAAGGCACCUUCCUUAAUUCCUAUAACGUGCUAUCAGGUACAAGGCACUGAAGAUUUUACAAAGGUAAUGAUUGUUCAACCUUUGGUUGAUGUGAAAAACUUCAGAUGGAACACUAGAAAGUAUGUACCUUCGCGUAAAGCAUCUCUUCCAGUAUCAUCUGCAAGUAGACUCUAUAAAGAAGAUCUUCAAUUUGACACAAAUAUUGAGAUUCAACAGCCUACAGGGUUACUUGAUAGUAUCAAGGAAAAAAUGGACAUCUAUACGGUCGCCUAAAUAAGACUCAGUGAAAAUCUGGAAUGGUUGACAACACUGUUUUGAAGACUGACGCACGUAUGGGC